AUGACUAGUGUGUCUACAUGGAAAGACAGUGAGAUCAGACGUGAAGACUCUAUAAUGGGCUCUGGUCAAAAGGAUGACAAGGGCAGCUUCGGACCUGACCCAGUAUCUCCCCUUGGCCACCACAAGUUCUCCUCUACCUUGCCACACAGCCCCAAGGAAAUCUGGAAGAAGGGCGGGCGCAUCUUCUCGGUUCUGCUCGCCAUCAAUCUGGUUCUGCUGGCCUGCACACUGGUCAGCGGCGGGGCAUUCCAAGAUGUGCCCCUACAUGACUAUGAUGUAUUUUUCAUGCUCACUGUUGUGAUGCUGCUCACAAUCGCCUGGAUGCUCUUCUACAUCUUCAGCACCUCCAAGCGGCCAGAGGCCAUUCUUUGCAAGGACAACCAUGCAGGGCCCAUCUGGCUAAAAGGAGGUUUGGUCCUGUUUGCAAUCCUCACACUGGUGAUGGACGUAUUUAAGACGGGAUAUUACUCCAGCUACUACCACUGCCUAUCAGUCAUCAAAAUCAUGUAUCCAGUCGUUCAGGCAGUGUUUGUGAUCAUCCAGACUUACUUUCUCUGCGUAUCUGCCAGAGACUGUGUACACGUCCAUCUGGAUCUGACGAGAUGUGGCUUGAUGCUGACCUUGACUACCAAUCUAGCAGUCUGGAUGUCGGCCGUGACAGAUGAGUCAAUACAUAAGGCUGAAACCAAGAACCAAACUGGAAGGAGCACACACAAAAUGGCUGGGUUCAGGAGCAGCCCAUCAGACACCUGUACCUGUGACAGCCACCUCUGCCAGAUCUUCAAGAAGGGCUAUUUUUGGCUGUACCCCUUCAACAUUGAAUAUAGCCUCUUUGCUUCAGCCAUGGUCUACGUCAUGUGGAAGAAUGUUGGCCGCCUCAUAGACCACCAUGCCAACCAUAAGCACCACCUCAAGUUCAAGCUUUUCAGAAAGACAUACUUCUUGGGCAUCAUCAUGGGGAUUCUGGUAGUUGUGAUUGGCAUAGCAGUUCUGAUCAUGUAUGAGGUUCAGGUAAAUGCAAAGGACAAAUCGGAAGCAAAGACUAAGAAGGCACUUGCCAUGUAUUACACCUUCAACAUUGUUUGCCUUAGCCUGAUGUCCCUCCUCUCCAUCGGAUGCUCUGUUGUAUACCGAUUUGACAAAAGAGACAUGGACCGGCACAAGAACCCAACCAGAACUCUGGAUGUCGCCUUACUGAUGGGUGCGGCCUUGGGACAAUAUGCUAUUUCGUAUUACUCCAUUGUGGCCACAGUGGCCAGCAAGCCGAGGGACACUAUUAAUGCCCUCAACUUGAGCUACUCCUUGCUGAUGAUUGCCCAACACACUUUCCAAAACAUCUUUAUCAUCGAAGGCCUCCAUCGGCAGCCACGAGAAAAGAAAAAAAAAGUGGAUCCUCAGGAGAAAGACAUCUACGGGCUCACGUUUGUCAACCUGAACGCUGUAUCCCUCCGUGUGCCUGAGAGUGGAGGUGUGUCCCCAUCCACUAUAACCCCAGGAACACCUCAGGUGCCUUCUGAAGUGACGCACUCUAUGAAGAUCUCCCAGAAAGUGAACUGGAGGAGAAGAUUCCUGAAGGAGAGCUCAUUAUUCCUGCUCAUGUGUAACGCGAUUCUCUGGAUAAUGCCAGCCUUUGGAGCCCGGCCACAGUUUGAUAACGUCACAGAGCUCAAGUUCUAUGGCAACCCCAUGUGGGCCGCCAUUGUGGACAUCUGCCUGCCCUUUGGCAUCUUCUACAGGAUGCAUGCCGUGGCCAGCCUGCUGGAGGUGUACAUCAUGUCUUAA